GGAAACUUCUGGACAAUCUGUUUCGCUCAGUGCCAUGCCUCGAUGAUUCCGCCAUCGGUUGGGUGUGACAAGCCGAGUCAAGUCGAGCCUAUUCGUUAGCGAACUAAGAAGGCCGCCAAGCUUUCUUUGUGGUGGUAAAAAUCUGAAUCUUGAGGAUACCAAUUUAUGAGUUCACUCUUAAAAUGGCAACUGACGUAACGUGUGUGGAAAUUAAUCACAUAUUCUCGUAUUUGGCGAAGCAAAAUAAGGUCAAGAAGGUAACACGUGUAACCGCUGGCGGGUUUAAAUUACCCUUGUCCCUCUUCUCCCUUGACCAGUUGAUCAAGUUGCGUCUAUCUUUAUGUGAUUUCCAACGUCUUCCCAAGUUUAGCGGGUUUCCCUGUCUUACCAGCUAGCCACCAGCAAAAGCGCAGUGCUGCAUCUCUUGUCCAAUUGCCCAUCACUGAAGAGCCUGGCCAUGAAUACUGACGCUAUCACACGUGAUGACGCUUCCACUAUCCCACAGCUUUUUGAGUCUUUCCCCACGGUUGAAAAUUUGUCUGUCUAUCUCUCCGCUAUUGAGUCUUUUUCUCAAUAUGGUGUUCCCCGCGUGCUUCGAGCUUCAAUGGUUCACAUCAAACACGCAUAUAUAGAUAAUAUGAGUUUCGUACCAGCGUACGGGUUGCAAAUCGUUCUUUUUCUGAUUAGAAGCUCUCCUAACCUGGAAAAGCUCAAGCUCAAGAUUUUGGAGGAUCCGGCUUUUGUUGAAUCUCGGGGAUGCUCUUUUAGAUCCGAAGAUUAUCCAGAGAUUUUGUUGGAGCAUCUCAAGGUUUUAGAGAUUUUUUAUUUGAGCAAUGAGAAACCACAGAUUGAUUUCGUACAGUUUGUCAUUGCCAGGUCAUCUGUACUGGAAAAGGUGAGGAUAAUUCUGUUUGAUGCGAUUGAUGAUGAUGAAGAGUUGGAGAUUUCUGAAAUUCUCUUGGGGUUCGCACGUGCAUCACCUGUGGUGGAAAUCACUGUUGAAAAAGAAGUCUUUAGACUUUACUUGCAUACAUAUUGACCUUUUAGAUACACAUGACUCUAAACCAAGCUCAGAAGUUUAAAUUUUUGCGGUAACUAAAGAUCUGAGAAGUUUAAAUUUUUGUUGUAACUAAAGAUUUCGUGUACCAUUGGUAGA